AUGCGAGGCGCUUCCUUGCCACAUACCGCUUCUCGUCCGUCCACUCUUCCGUCACAGGCUGCAGGCAUAGCUCUUAGAUUUGGCCUUGCACUCUGGCUCGGAGACUGGCUGUCAGUUGCUGCCUUGGAACACUGCUUGAACGAGUCCGAGGACUGCGUCGAGCUCCACUUGGUGUGGAUAUGCCACUUCCAGCUCGUCACGUCCUCCGUGCAGUUUCCGUCAAACUCGGCAAUCUUGUCCUGGUCGAUGCCGGAGAAGUCGAGGUUGGCGGUAACCGUCGCAGUGGAUAAGUCUUCACCGGCGUACUUAACUUGGAUGGAGCCGUCAACGCCACCAGUGUGGUGA